AUGGAGUCCGCCAAUCAGGGAGUCUCCUGGAGCGCAAAGCGCGUCCCGACUAGCCGCGAAGGGAAAGCCAGCCGCCUCCCGACGCCGACGCAGCAGAACAAUGACGGCCUCGGCCCCGGCGUGCCUGGAGCUCCUCCACCUUCAACUCCAGACCGUCCGCUCUCUACCCCUUCUUCUCGAGCUACUACUCCUGCCCCUGGACUCCGUCCCCAUACCCUCAGGCAAGGCGCUGCCCGUGGUACGCGAAGCUCCGCCCAGAAGGAAUUCGUCUCCGCUUUUGCCUGGGAGGCCCUGGACAUCGAGAAGUUCAAGACCAGCACCGCUGAAUCCCCGCCCGAAUCCAGCCAAAGCCGGAAAGAGAAAGAGAGCACCCCUUCCACUGCAACUGCUACCUCGGAUCAAAGUCCCUCAUCCUCAUCCGACAAGAUGUCCCGCAACCGGCCCAGGGGCCCUCCAGUCCCAAGGGACAACGGUCUGGCCGCCAAUGAGGAGACUGACAUGUGGAACAAGAUCCUCCAAGACCUUCGCAAGGCAAAGGAGAAGAAUGACAAGCAAAAGGCCCUGGCCGAGCAAAUAUCCGCUCUGAACGAGAAGAUUGGGCGAGACGGUGGAAAGCCAUCCCUCAGCGAGCAUAAUCAGCUGGAUAGUCUUUAUCGACAGAUGCUGAAGCUCUGUGAGGACGAGAGAGCCAUCCUUCAAGAUGAGCCCAGCGAUGUGAUCAAAAAUCUGGGUCUAUUGACCGCACUCCGGCAGGCUUCAGAAGCCGAGGCGCCGCCGAAUCGCGCUGCUGAUCGUGCCGCUGCACUCUCCAAGUCGCGGAAGAAGCGAAACGACCUAGACGGGUCAGCCACGGACUCCCCGGGGCCGUCCGGCAGCGCUCUAUCGGAUAAGGUCGGCCGCAUCAAAGGCAGUGCUCAGCGCAGUACAAGCGUUUCUAGCACGCAGUUUCGUGAUGGACGUGACAUCCGCGAUAGUGGUGUCUAUGUCAAAAUCGAAGAAGGGUCCGAAAGCACCAAGGGGACAAUCGCCGAGCGCAGCGGACAUCUGGUGAUGGGGGCCGAAGUCGUCUUCAAGCAUAACAAGAAUAAGCAAGGGGUCGAAGGCGAGGGCAUCCAGUGUAUUAUCAAGGGCAUCACCGGGGACGGACUCAAGAAACGGUAUGAUGUUCAGGACCCGGAGCCAAACGAAAAUGGUGAACAGGGAGCUGUCUACAAAACCACGGCAGCGUCGUUGAUCCCGAUUCCACGAAUUGGGACCACGCUGCCCUCGUUUUCCCUGGGGAAACAGGUCUUGGCGAGGUAUCCGGAUACAACCACCUUCUACCGCGCGGAAGUGAUGGGGUCCAAGAAGGAUGCCUACCGCCUCAAAUUCGAGGGCGAAGAGGACGACAAGGAGAUGGAAGUUGAUCGGCGCUUCGUCCUUGACAUACCCGGCAAGUGAUGCAGGCCUGGGAACGUGGAGACUACACCACCAUAAGAGAUCACCCAAAGAGACGACUACGACAGGAGAGCUGGCCAGGAAAGAAAGGCGAAAGGUAGAAAAUUGCCUAGUCACGAGGUCCGCAUCACGAUCCAUCCUACUAUUGAUACCCAUAUGAACUGGAUUUUUUUUUCGAUUCUGGAGAGCAGGGAGGGGGAGCUUAGUCUGGAGUCAAGGUUGUUUUUGAUUUGCAAGGGAUAUUGUAUUGCCGAGUGGGAUGCUGGUGGGGUGUUCUAGGAUAUUACUGAUUUGUACUACUAUUGUGCUAUCGUGUGGAGGAUUGACUAGGAUGACAGUAGAGAUCUC